AUGGGAAACUGCAACAACUCGACUGUGGAGCAACUACAAGCUUGUGAGAGUCAUCAGUGGUACAGAAAAUUCAUGACCGAGUGCCCAUCUGGACUCCUCACCUUCUACGAGUUCAAGAAGUUCUUUGGCUUGAGGAAUCUGUCAGAGACAUCAAAUGCCUACAUUGAGACUAUGUUUACAACAUUUGAUAUGAACAACGAUGGCUUCAUUGAUUUCAUGGAGUAUGUGGCCGCUCUGAGCCUGGUGCUAAAAGGAGGAGUGCAGCAGAAGCUCCGCUGGUACUUCAAACUGUAUGAUAUUGAUGGAAGUGGCUGCAUCGACCGUGAAGAGCUGCUUCUGAUAAUUAAGUCUAUCCGUGCGAUCAAUGGAGUUCCUCAUGAGAUGUCAGCAGACGACUUUGCCAACAUGGUGUUUGAAAAGAUUGACAUCAAUGGAGAUGGUGAACUGUCCUAUGAGGAGUUCAUGGAGGGGGUCCAGAAUGACGAAAUGCUCCUGAAGACACUAACAGAGAGUUUGGACCUCACACACAUUGUCCAAAAGAUUCAAGGAGAGAUAAGGGCCAACACUUAGUGUUUCCAGCUUUGGAGACUACACCAAUAGCGGAAAUAUACAUUUUUAUGUGACUGUUCACACACAGCUGAAUGAGUGAAGAUGUGGGUUCAGAAUGAUCCACAAAUCAUUAUCAGGAUCAGUCUGUAAAUGUACAGGAACAGCUGGACUGUUUUGGUUUUUACUUCUUCCUCCAAUUAUGACAAUGGUUAUUCUUCCAUUUCCAGUUGUACUUUGUAGUUGCCCUUAAGAUUUAA